AGGCAUUGUUUUCUUAUUUGGUUGAAGGGGGCGGUGGUACUCUAGCAAUGGGGACUUUCAUAAAUAGAUCGGAUAUUUUGAAAGUUGUGCUUGUUCUGUUAGUUCACCAAACUUUGGGGAAACGAACACUACUUUUUACAGAAAAUGUAAUACCUGAGGAAGAAAUUUCUGGGAAUAGUACUCGAGAUGGAAAACUCUUGCCAUUUCUUGCCCUUGUGAAUGUCGCCCAAUCACAGUGUACAGUUACUGGAAUGACUGGAACUUGUGUGAAAAAGUCUGUUUGCACAUCAAUGAAGGGUGUAGAGUUGGGAACAUGCGGAGGAGGGUUUGGAACUUGCUGUCAAAUUAAAAGGGAGUGCACGGCAGAUCCAGUUGUGGUUACAACAAACUUAGUCAGGCUGGUACCGGGAGCUGAGUUCCAUGAAUUGUGUCGCUAUGUACUUCAAAAACCUGCAACUUCCAAAAAAAAAGAAGAAAUUUGCCAAAUACGAUUGGAUUUUACCAGAUUUAUGAUUGCGGAAGGGACUGAUAUUCAAUUUACGGGAGACUGUGACGCGGACACUUUGACAAUUUCUGGACAAACAAAUGCCAAGUUGGGACCUCUUUGUGGAAACUUGGACAAGCAACGUAUGUACUUGAAUUAUGGAGAUAGCGAUAAAAUAAACUUGGAUAUAUUCAUGAUGGCUGAUGGGGGUCAAACCUGGGACAUAUUGGUGACCCAAAUCAAGUGUAACUCUCCUGACCUGGCGCCUCCUGGAUGUCUUCAGUAUUUUACUGAACAGCGAAUGAUGGUGAAAUCUUUUAAUUUUGACUUGGGUCAUCAACUGAAUAAUCAGGAUUACUCCAUCUGCGUGAGGACCAACCCAUCAAUGAAAACAAUUACGUGGAGAACCUGUGGAGGUGACCAAGAUUUUAGUAUCAGUGGCGACCCUACUUCAGCAGCCGUUGGAGUUGGUGCAACGAGUGGCGACAUGUGUAACCUAGACUUUGUCAUGAUUUAUGGUGACAAAAGAUAUUGUGGAACGUGGUUUGAGGGCUCAGUUUCAACCACAACGCAGCCUUUCAUGAUGCACGUACACUUUGACGACGAAGAAACAGCUAUUCCUCCUGGAGGGGUUCCUCAGAUGUGUAACGUAUUACCUCUGCCCAAAGGGUGCGACCUUGAAAAUAAAGGAUUUUGCCUAGUAUACUCACAAAGCCCAAACUAAUAUCUUAAAAAAAUGUAUAAAUCCUCAACUCCAAUAAAUUAUUUCUUCUUCAUCAGAGAA